GACCAGCCCCCAGCGAAGAGGCUGGAACCAAGGCCCGCUUCCCUCUGCGUGAUGCUGUGGAGGAGGGCACCUGGACGGCCACCGUGGUGGACCAACAGGACAGUGUCCUCUCGCUGCAGCUCAGCACCCCAGCCCACGCCCCCAUUGGCCUGUACCGCCUCAGCCUGGAGGCCUCCACCGGCUACCAGGGCUCCAGCUUCGUGCUGGGCCACUUCACCCUACUCUUCAACAGCUGGUGCCCAGCGGAUGCUGUGUACUUGGAUUCAGAAGAGGAGCGGGAGGAGUACGUCCUCGCCCAGCACGGCUUUAUCUACCAGGGCUCAGCCAAGUUUAUCAAGAGUGUACCUUGGAACUUUGGGCAG